AUGACAUCGUCUCUCAGUGGUGUUGUGUCAAAAGCGGCUCUUUUUGUGCGCCCCAAAUAUGCGCAGGAGCGGGAGUUGCUUUCCGUGAUUAAGUUCAAGCUGCAUGAGGCGGGAUUUAUUAUCAUCCACGAGGAAUACCGGCGCAUCAAUGAGGAGUUGGCAGACACCAUUGCCGUCCAGCUUGAUCGUACCGCAUUUCUCAGUGGUAGUGCCGCCCCAUCGAUUGCUUUGGAGGACGCGGCGACGUCUCGGCCCAUGUUCACGUGUGAGCACGCGACCUCCGUUCCAACUGGGCAACAGGACCUUGUUGGACAUGUAUACUUGUAUGUGCUGGCACGACGGGACUGUCAUGUGGAUUUGUUGCGGUUUCUCUGUCGUCUAUUCGCUGAUGAGGACUUUACAUCGGUGCUAAAGUGCAUUCGGGAAAAGGCCACACGGGAAGAGGCUACCACGGCAGCAGUGAAAAAUGAAAGGGAAAAUGAAGAAAAGUCCGAAGGAUCACACAUUUCAUGUCCGGUGUUUUGUAAUGCCACUGCCGUUGCAGCAAAGCAGGUGGUUCAGCUACUGUUUCCACGCAUGUUAGCGCAGGAUGUGCCAAGCACGGGUGCCUCGAAAGAAUACGUGCAGGCAGAGCUGAAGGGCGCCCUGUUGCCUGCACUCGUGGAGUUGUCAAAGGCGAAACCCGAAAAUCCCAUUCGGUGGCUGGCGGAGCGGCUUCUAAACACCAACACACGCGCCCCACCGCUGGUUCCCGCGUCGAGCGUCAAUGGAAACGGCUGA